GCCCAACAACACCCACACACUAGGGUUUGUGACUUGUCUAACCCGCACCCACACAAACUACGGCGGAAGCCCCCCGUCAUCCAAGUCUAGCGAUUUCCCGCCGGCCUUCACGAAUUAACGACCGAUCGAAAACAAACGCCGACAACCUACCCCCAUUUCUCGACAAUCCGAAUACCGUCGCGAUGGCCAAAUCCAAGAACUCGUCCCAGCACAACCAGUCCAAGAAGGCCCAUAGGAACGGUAUCAAGAAGCCUAAGACUUUCCGUUAUCCGAGCUUGAAGGGAACCGACCCCAAGUUCCGCCGCAACCACAGACAUGCUCUCCACGGCACCAUGAAGGCCAUCAAGGAGUUCAAGGACGGCAAGCGGGAGACCGCUUAGAUAUUCCAUAUCUAAUGUGAGCGGUGGAAAAGGGAAGAGGUGUUUCAGCGUCGUCGUUUUCCGAUUCAUACACGGGGGUUUCUUGCAAAUUUCGGUCAAUCUGGGGGUUUACUGGGCGCGCACGACAUGAGAAUCAUCUUCUUUUCUCAAUCCCGGU